UGUAUAAAAAGGCCGGAGCAGGAUAGGGUCUGGAGGUGCCGGCAGUCCAGGGAGCUGCAACUGAGGAGAAGGGCCUCAUCAUGACCUCACCCUCCUCCAUUAAGAGCUGCCCCCGGCCCUCCUCUGUCUGCUCCAACAACAUGGCUUGCCGGCCAGAGCUGUGCCUGGGUUACAUCUGCCAACCUAUGACCUGUGUCCCUUCCGUCUGCAUGCCCACCACCUACCGGCCAGCCAGCUGCCUCCCCAAGACCUACCUCUCCAGCUCCUGCCGGUCUAGCAGCUGCCGGCCCAGCAGCUCUAUGGGUACUUGCAGCUGGCUCUGUGAGGGCCCCUUCAGUGGCAGUGAGAAGGAGACCAUGCAGGUACUGAACGAUCGGUUAGCCAACUAUCUGGAGAAGGUGCGCCAACUGGAGCAGGAGAACGCUAGCCUGGAGAGCAAGAUCCAAGAGGCCUGUCAAUCUCAGGUGCCCACCAUGUGCCCUGACUACCAGUCUUACUUCAGGACCAUUGAGGAGCUCCAGCAGAAGGUACUGUGCACUAAAGCAGAGAAUGCCCGGAUGGUGGUGCACAUUGACAACGCCAAGCUGGCUGCUGAUGACUUCAGGACAAAGUAUGAGACAGAACUAGCCAUGCGGCAGCUGGUGGAGGCCGACACCAACGGCCUGCGCAGGAUCCUGGAUGAGCUGACCCUGUGCAAGUCUGACCUGGAGGCCCAGGUGGAGUCCCUGAAGGAGGAGCUGCUGUGCCUGAAGAAGAGCCAUGAGGAGGAAGUCAGUGCCCUCCGAUGCCAGCUGGGGGAUCACCUUAACAUUGAGGUGGAUGCUGCGCCCCCCAUGGACCUCAACAGGAUGCUAGAGGAGAUGCGGUGUCAGUAUGAGACCAUGGUGGAGACCAACCACAGGGAUGUGGAGGAGUGGUUCAACAUGCAGAUGGAGGAGCUGAACCAGCAGGUGGCUUCUAGCUCUGAGCAGCUUCAGAGUUACCAGUCAGAUAUCAUUGACCUGAGACGCACCGUCAACACCCUGGAAAUUGAGCUGCAGGCACAGCACAGCCUGAGGGACUCGCUGGAAAACACCUUGACGGAGACAGAGGGCCGCUACAGCUCCCAGCUGUCCCAGAUGCAGUGCAUGAUCACCAAUGUGGAGGCCCAGCUGGCUGACAUCCGCAGUGACCUGGAGCGGCAGAAUUUGGAGUACAAGGUGCUGCUGGAUGUCAAGGCACGGCUGGAGUGUGAGAUCAAUACCUACAGGGGCUUGCUGGAGAGCGAGGACUGCAAAUUGCCCUGCAACCCCUGCUCUACUCCCUCUUGUCCCCCGUGUGCACCCUCCCCCUGCAUGCCCCGUACUGUCCUUGUGCCUUGUGUGCCCUGUCCUCAGGGCCGCCACUGAAGUCCCUCAGGGCCACUGGGAUCUGACUACAUUGAAGUAGCCAGAGAAAGCAGGUCCAGCCCAGGCCAGGAGAACCACCAAAAUGAACCUGGAGGUGGCAGAACAGAUGUGUGCUGUGCUAUCACAGGGGCUUCCCUGGUCCUUCAUCUCUUAGGAAUUGCCUUUCUAAUUUUCUGCUUUCUUUACUGAUGUUUUGGGUUGCCUUUGAUGCCUAUGUUUUAAGCAAAUAAAGCCUUGUUUGGUGAUCUUACAA